AUGGAAAACCCGACGACCGCGGCGUCGCCGACGACGCUCCGCGAGCGCAACGGCGACGCGAACGCCCCCGGUCGCGCGCCGCUUCGAAGCAAAACGACGCUGGAUGAUUACGUCAUAUUGCGACCGGUCGGUGAGGGAUCGUUCGGGAAGGUGUUUCAGGCGCGGCAGCGAUACAGCGGACGGGCGUGCGCGAUGAAGUUUAUCCCGAAACACGGGAAAUCCGAGCGAGAUUUGGUGAGCUUGCGAAGUGAGAUCGAUAUCAUGAAAACGCUCGAUCAUCCGAACGUGAUCAAGAUGCUGGACGCGUUCGAGACGAACAUGGAGUUCGUCGUGGUGAUGGAGUUUGCGCAAGGGGUGCUCUACGACGUGUUGGAACACGACGCGCGGUUGCCGGAGAAGGAGGUGCGGAUGAUCGCGCGGCAGCUCGUCGAUGCGUUGUAUUAUUUGCACAGUAAUCGGGUGAUUCAUAGAGAUUUGAAGCCGCAGAACAUAUUGAUCGGUACCGAUCGGUGCGUCAAGGUGUGCGAUUUUGGAUUGGCGCGAUCGAUGAGCAAGUCGUCGUUGGUGAUGACUUCUAUCAAGGGAACGCCGUUGUACAUGGCGCCCGAGCUCGUGCAGGAGCAACCGUACGAUCAUGCGGUAGAUUUAUGGAGCGUUGGGGUGAUUUUAUACGAGUUGUUCGUCGGGCAACCGCCGUUUUACACGACGUCUAUUUAUACGUUGAUUCAGAAAAUCGUCAAGGAGGACGUCAAGUGGCCGGACACGAUGAGCCCGUCGUUUAAAUCGUUUCUGCAAGGAUUACUCAACAAGAAGCCGCAGCAGCGAUUGAAUUGGCCGUCCGUACUUGAUCACCCGUUCGUGCGCAAGGACGGCGACGAG